CGAUGUUGACACGGCUAAAACUUUCAAGUUGAGGGGGGAUUUUCUAAAUGUUAUCAGACAUAAUAUUAUAUCACAAUAACUUAGUCCUAAAAGAAAAUACAAAUGAAGUAAAACCAACAGAAGCAAACAUCUGAGCGUGUUGAGAUGUGAUCAAGAACAGAUCAAGAACACAGCUCAAGCAGUAGUGUUCAGCAGUGGCUAGCAGUUUACUAUUCUGUUUUGUGCAAUGCUAUGAAAGGGGGAUCCAUGUGACACGGAUAAAUGCAUUCCACAGAAGUGAAGGCAUUGUACCUUGUGGUCCCAGCCAACAUUCUGUACACCCUGGCCGCAGUGACAGAUGCCUGGUUCGAGCUCCCCCCUCACGCGUCCUACGGCUUGUGGUGGGUGAACUUCUGUGAUUACCUCUCCUGUCAGAUCAUUCUGGCUUUCCAUUCGGAGGAACCAGGUUGGUAUCACGUGUUGCAGGUGUUGAGUCUGUUUGGAUGGGCCAGUCUGUUACUGUCUCUGCUGAUGCUCUUAUCAACACGAUUUGACAAGUGUUUACCAAAGAAGUUAAUGACCAACCAAAGAAACACGACUGUAGCAGCAGUUUGCCUAUUUUCAGGAUUUUCCAUCUCGUCUAGUCUUGUGAUGUUCUAUACCAAACUGGAUGAAUCCAGUCCGAAGGCUCACCCGCAGAUUUCCUGGUCCGCUGUGUUGGCUGGAGUGUCAUGUAUCUGUCAAUUGUUAACUGGGAUGUUUCUGAUGCAGGCUCCAUCACUAACAGUCCUCAAACUCACCGGUUAGGGUGUGACAGUCCUUAAACUCACCGGUUAGGGCUGACAGUUCUCAAACUCACCAGUUAGGGCUGAUAGUCCUCAAACUCAACGGUUAGGGCUGACAGUCCUCAAACUCACGGUUAGGGCUGACAGUCCUCAAACUCAAUGGUUAGGGCUGACAGUCCUCAAACUCAACGGUUAGGGCUGACAGUCCUCAAACUCAGCGGUUAGGGCUGACAGUCCUCAAACUCACCAGUAAGCGCUGACAGUCCUUAAACUCACCGGUUAGGGCUGAGCUCACAAACUCGCUGGUUGGUGCUAACGGAAAACAACAACUGAACCAUUCUUAAAGCAUUUAGCUCAUCAUAUACUGUGAAACUGCUCUGAAGCGAAUACACACAGUACCAAGUAACAAGUCUGGUUUUAAACUCGCAGACCCUAGUUUCAGCACGUGAAAAUGGACACUAAGUUUGGUCAGUCUACAAACUUGUAACACAUCUGUAUGAAGUUACAAUAAAGUGAAACCAGAGUCUGUAACUUUGAAACAGGCUAGAGCUUGUCUCUAUAACCGUUAUUUCUCAGAAGUUAUUGGAAUAAUAGGAAUUAUGAAAUAUACAUUUCGCAGUAUAACCAGAAACAUUUGGAUGUACGGAAAUGGAUAAUCUAAACAAUAAACUUAAGUAAUGUUCCAUUUCGAUCAUCAAAACUGAAUCAAAUAAUGAAAAAUAUGUGGUAAUCAAGUGGUUAAAAACUAGGGUCUGUCACUUUAAUGGGUAUCUGGCUAAGAGAGGUUCUGUCUUCUACUAUCUAAAAAUGGACUAGAAAAAAAUUCAGAUUUUGAGGGAAUUCCAGGUUACUAAGGGUCCCUUUUAGAGAUUUUAUUGUAUUAUGUUUCCAAAGGACAGACGAAGGGCACAGAAAUAUGAGGCAGUCACCAAGGGUGAACUUGAGAGGGCUCUGGCUAUGGUAUGGGAGUUGGCAGCAAAUGCCAUUUUAUGCUGUCGACUCACGCAAAAGGGUUUUUUUUAAUUAUUAUUUUUGAUACAUAUCUGGUUUUGUACGGGUCAUGGAUAUCCUGAGAAGUCACAGAAAUUGUAAAUGUCAAAUGAAGCCUGGUAAAUCAUGAAAUUUUGAGUUGGGUUAAUGAAAGUUGUGGAAAAUGAAAACUGACAAUCUGAGGGUUUUUUUUCUCAAAAAUUUAAAAUAGCACAAGAGAUUGGCCAUUUACCUUAAAAUGUAGUAAAUUAUUAGAUUUAAUAAGUCAUUGUAGUGAAAGUUCAUGUUUUGCUUCUAAGACAUUUUGUUUCUAAUACAUUUUAAAAAAAGGAGUGAAAUGACAAAUGUUCUAGAAAAAAUGAAAUAUUUUAUAAAUAAUAAAACAUUUUAGUGAAAGGUUUGACAGCAUGAAGGCAGUAGAUGCAAAACAUAAACAUUCAUUCUUGUGUCCUUAUGUCAAUGAUUGCAAAAAUGGAAAAUGUCUCAAAAAACGUAACUAGUAUUGGUUUUGUAAAUUAUUAUAUGUAAUAUUGUGUCUGCUUGUUGGAAAUGUGAUGUUAUUUGUUUUUAAGUAUCUACAAUACAAGAACUGGCUUGCUCAGAAUGUUAUAAAGCUUACAAGUCUGUCUAAGAGAAGUAGUAAGUGAUUUUUUUUUAAUGUUGAUAUUUAUAUUUUAAAAUGUGUAUUGUCAGAUAAACCAAGCAAUGUUUUACAGCCAUUAAAUAUACUUGUAUGUAUAUGUUUUUGUUUCUUGGUGGGUUUUUUUUACUUUUAGAAGAGAUAUGGUCUCAUAAAACCUUACUGAAUAUGCCAACUAUACUGACUUUUUAUACGAUCGUCUUUGACUUGGUUGUAUUAUGGUAUUGCGUCUGUCACUUAGCACAUACAUAGUUCUGUCCAUAAACGUUUUGUUUCUGGGGCCAGGGGCAGAUUAUGCUUUAGGUAAGGUUUUUUUUUUAAACAAUAUGUAAAUGUUUAUAAUUUGAAAUUAAACAUUUUACAUGGACAUCAAUUUAGAUCUACGUGGUGGGGUUGGGUUUUUUUUUAGGCGUGCAACUGGGAAACCCUCAUAAUCCGCCCCUGGGGGCAUAUAUUUCUUAUCAAUUCAUAUAGGAUUAUUAAACCUUGUAAUAUAUAUGCAAGUACACCUUGGGAUGACGGUGUGUCGCGUACGGGCAUAUGUACCUCACGAGUACUCUUGUUAAGUAUUAUUUUGACAUGAAUUGUGUUUGUGAUGUGUGUUAUUGUGUUAAUGAUCUAUAUGUACAUUAUUUGUUUCAUAAAUUUUGUUUUAAAAGGUGUUGACAACUUGACAUAAAAAAAAUUAAGGAAGGCAUAAAUCAAAUACUCGAUUAUCUAAACAAAGGUGGAUGUUUUACCUGCAUGUGGUAAAAGCUGGUACCCGUGUUGUUAAGUUUGAAUAGUUAAAUGUUAUAUAAUGUGUUAGACCUCAAUAGCAACCUUAAUAUAAAACAGUAUUCCAAUA